GUCUAACAGGCAUUCACAACUGAUAUAUUAUCCAGAACACCGCUUCGUUUCACUGUUGUAUAAAAGUGUAGAGCCUACAUUGUUACGUUUUGAAUAGAGAAAAACGCGAAAUCAUUUCCAAAAUCCGCUCUAAGUUUUUGGUGUGAAUUGUGAACCCGGAAAUUCUUUAAGUGUUAUUUUUUUUGAUAUAUUAAUCCAGAAAAAACAAGAUGGCCACUUAUGCUGCAUACAGACACAUCGAACUCGACAAUGUGGGAUACAGCAAAAAACGAGUUCGUAAUCCACCAAGUGAUAUUUUUGGUGGUACCUCAUCACCAAUGCCAAGCUCACCAAGUAGCCAAACAUCAUAUGGCAACAACAUCACACCAUUACGUGACCAACGUAUGAACCAUCACCGUUUAAGUGAUUCAUUCACACGAUUAUUUGGCGCACCAGAUACACCAUCUGCUCCAGCACAACCGGCUAAAGUUGAACGUCGUUCAUCAUUAGGACGUAAUCCGGUCACUGGUGAUGGUGUACAAUCAUGGGAUAGUCCAAAAACAAGCCGAGCAACAACACCACGCAUUUUACGCAAUCCGGUCACUGGUGAAGGUGUAAAUGGUCCAGUCAAUCAUCACUCACCAUCUCCAAAACCAAAUGGACACAUUUCGGCCAUUAUAAAUGGAACUGCCUAAACAAACUAGCCAAAAUCACACAAAAAUAAUCACCUACUUACUGUGUCUGAUAGAUUUCAAAACCAACAUCAACAACAACAAAAAACUCGAAUAUCUAACAGACACAAACGAUUAUAAUUUCGAAACUCCCCGAUUUAAUAAACUAACUUAAAAAAAAAAACUAAACUCGUUAUCGUCAGUAUUAUACGCCCAAAUUGACAAGUUAGAUUUUAAAAAAGAUUAACUUUGCCUAAUAUUUAAAAGUUUGUCCUAAAAAUAUAGUACGUAAAAAAAAUUUUGAAAAUGUGUUUAGUAUUAAAAUUAAUGAAAAACCCUUAAAUCCCAUUCUAACUCAUCCAAAAAAAAAAAAAAAUCAUAAAUAAGAAAAUUUGCUUCUUCCAUAUCAAAACAUUUCAUUAAUCACCAGAGUUUUUCUCAAUACUACCCUUAAGAAAAAUGUUACACCAAAAAUUAGAUUUCGAUUAAUAAAAUUUAUUUCCAUUAAAACAAAAGUAAUCACCUUAAUUUUGUUAAUUAAUUUCUUUUUCUGAUAUUGUUUUGAAAAUGACUUCAUAAGUCGGAAUGACUCAUUAUCUGAGCCAUGAGUUCAUGCAUAAAUUAAAUAAGCUUAGUAGUCCGAGACGACAAUUAGGAUCUUUAUUUUAUAAAUUUAAAAAAAAAAUUAAUUGACAUAAAGACUCAUUCAUACUCUAUUUUUGGUGUUCGAUGAAUCGUAUUUCGAUAAUAACACCGAGGAGUAUAGUCAAUUUUGUGUUGUUUUUGAAUGAGGUCUAAAAUUAAUUGAAACUAAAAUAAAGGCUCGUUCACAUUCAAUGCAAUGACAUUUAAGAGUCAUGCAGUGUCAAUUGAUUCACAAGUUCAGGUCCUAAUUUUACAAAAUUUAUCGAAAUUGGCACUCAUUGAGCUUCAUAAAUAAAUAAUAUA